UUUCUCGACCCGUCCGAGCCCAAGCACGACGCCAUCAAGUGCUGGUUCUUGUCCCUUCUCGCGGCUCGGUGCGACAUGUUCAUCCCGACCCUCAGGAGCUGCUUGUCGGAUCUCUUUGUCAACCUAGAGGACGAGCUAUCGAGCAAAGGGAAAGCGUCCUUUAACUCCCUCAACGACAAAAUGUCCUUCAACUUUGUGUUUAGGCUACUAUGUGACCAAAAGCCCUCAAGCACAAUCCUAGGGAACAAAGGGCCAACCAUGUUCGACCUCUGGCUAUUUCUCCAACUUGCCCCAUUACUGUCCCUACGGUUUAACAACAUGGUCCUAAAUUUCUUGGAAGAUGUCAUUUUGCACACUUUCCCACUACCUCCACUCUUAAUCAAAUCAUCUUACAAGAAGCUUUACCAUGCAUUUAGCGAGCAUGCGACUUCCGUUUUUGAUGAAGCCGAGAGGCUAGGAAUUGAUAGAGACGAGGCAUGCCACAACCUAGUGUUCCUUGCCGGGUUCAACGCCUAUGGUGGCAUGAAAGCCACAUUGCCCAUCUUGAUCAAGUGGGUCGGGUCGGGAGGCGAGGACCUGCACCGCCGGCUCGCGAGGGAGAUCCGGUCGACCGUUGAGUCAGAAGGCGGGGUGACCCUCGCCGCCCUGGACAGGAUGAGCCUGACCAAGUCGGUCGUGUACGAAGCCCUCCGGAUCGACCCUCCGGUCCCGUUCCAGUACGGGAAGGCGAGGCAGGACAUGGUGGUCCGGAGCCACGACGCGGCCUUCGAGAUCAAGAAGGGCGAGAUGGUGUUCGGGUACCAGCCGUUCGUGACCAAGGAUCCGAGGGUCUUCGACGACCCGGAGGAGUUCGUGGGCGACAGGUUCGUCGGGGAGGGGGAGAAGCUGCUGAGGUACGUCUACUGGUCGAACGGCCGGGAGAUCGAUGAUCCGACGGUGGGGAACAAGCAGUGCGCGGGGAAGGAUCUGGUGCUGCUCGUGUACAGGGUAACGUUGGUGGAGCUGUUCCUCCGCUACGACACGUUCGACCUGGAGCGCGGGAGCUUGCCCGGGGGUUCAUCCGUGACGUUCAAGUCGUUGACCAACGCCACAAGUUGCUGAUAAAGAACUUAGCAU